AUGAGGAAUGAGAACCAGUUUGCUACGCUGGUUCAGGAAAAAACGUAUAACAUGCAUAGUCCAACGUAUAACAUGCAUAGUCCGAGUAUGUUUCAUCAGUCAAAACACAAGUUUUGUACGAUACAGGCUGUUCUAGCAAAUCAGAAGCUCUCGUGGGUGAAUGCUCGUUUCUGUUUCCAAAACAUAUUCCAAAAAUAUUGGUAUAUGUCUUGUGUUAAGUGUCAUCGUCAGACAUCGGCCAAUUAUGGGCACACUUUUACCUGCAAUCACUGUAAUGAAAGGCAAACUGCGACCCCAAGGUGUCGCUUUGAUGUUGAUCUCACUGAUGAUACCGGCGUUAUGACAGCCUCUGUAUUUGGUGAAUUAGCCGAACAAUUACUUGGAAUUUCUGCAGUUGCGGCAAUGGAUUUUUAUAACAGAACGAAGAAUUCCCACUCGAACUAACCCAUGACACAUUGAAGUCCAAGACAUUCAUUGCUCAAGUUAAGCCUAGAAAC